AUGCGCAGUGACAGCGUCACCAGGCCAUGCCCUGUGAGUUCUGAAAGCGAUGCAACGUCUAAGAAGCAAAAGAAGAAGAAAUCUCGGAACAGGUCCUCUGUGGCCGGUGGAAGCAGAGCGGCCUCCGAAAAGUCCGGCUGUGAGGAACUUCCUGCAGACACUGAGGCCCAGGCAGAGCAACUGGCCAGGGAACUUGCUUGGUGUAUAGAGCAGCUGGAGCUCGGCCUCAGGACCCAGAAGCCUAACCGUCGACAGAAAGAGCAAGCUACCGGGGCAAUACGCUUACUGCGCAGUGAAAAGACUCCUCUGCCCCGGAAGAGGCAGCUGAUGCAUUCUUUCUUUGGAGACUACCGAGCGCAGAUUGAAGAAGAGCACCAGGAGACUCUUCGAGCCAUCAGAGCUGCUGUCCGUUCAGCACAGGUGCAGCCUGUAGGUGAAGCCUGCAGAAGGAAGAGCCGAAAAGUCUGUAGGCUUCGGUCAGCACAAGGAACCAAGACUACCCUAGAUAUUCCUGAUGAAGAAUUUAGGUUUAAUUUCUUUUAG